AUGAGAGAGCUCCAGCGCUCAUGGAAUAGUAUGGCUGCACUCCUGCGGGACCGAGUCCCACUUUCGGCAGCUCUGUCCCGCUGCCGUGUCUCCCGCUGCGGAAGGACAGUGAGCACUCCGGCUGGGGACGGUGAGCUGGGCGGGAUGGGGCCGUACGGAAGGGCAGUGAGCAGCACCCCGGGCCACAGGGAGCCGCGGGCGGGCGCAGCGCUGCCCCGCCGGGCCGGAUCCCGCCCGGGCCUGGCGGCGGCGGCCGCAGCUGUCAGGGCUCGGCUGCUGUUGAGGCGCGUUCCCCCGGCGCCGUGCCCGGCGUGGGGCCGGCACACGGCAGCUCCCGGGGACCCCGCGGCGGGGGACGGCUUUUGUCAACACACAGCUCCCAUUGAACGUGGCGGGACGAGAAUCAUUCUUGGCACGGGGCCGCGGGCGGCCCGGGGAGCGCGGCCGGCGGCGGCGGGAGCCGUGCGCUGGCCGGGGGAGCAGUGCCCGGCCUUGGCUUCCCGCUUCCCGCCGCUCCCGCCUCCUGCAGCGUGCGUUCGCUGCUCUUGGAGUGGUUCUGUGACUGGCUGCCAUAUAAUCUUUUCUUUGUGCAAUCAUAACUACCUGCACAGACACUCAAGCAAUCAUCAGCAAAGAUGCUUCUUCUUUCAGGGACAAAGAAAUGCUGCUUAUAGUGUAGUUUGGCCAGCCGUGGUUUCUCCAGCUCACCAAGUUCCUAAGCACAUAAAGAAGCCAGACUAUGUGACGACAGGCAUUGUACCAGACUGGGGAGACGACAUAGAAAUUAAGAAUGAAGAUCAGAUUCAAGGGCUUCGUCAGGCUUGUCAGUUGGCCCGUCAUGUCCUGCUUCUGGCUGGAAAGGGCUUAAAGGUUGGCAUGACAACUGAAGAAAUAGAUUCCAUUGUUCAUCAGGAAAUAAUCAGACAGAAUGCCUAUCCAUCACCUCUGGGCUAUGGAGGUUUUCCAAAAUCUGUUUGUACUUCUGUAAACAACGUGGUAUGUCAUGGUAUUCCUGACAGUCGACCUCUUCAGGAUGGAGAUAUUAUCAACAUUGAUGUCACGGUGUAUUACAAUGGCUACCAUGGUGACACUUCUGAAACCUUUUUGGUGGGCAAUGUGGAUAAAUCUGGUGAAAAGUUAGUGGAGGUUGCCAGGAAAUGUAGAGAUGAAGCAAUUGCAGCUUGCAGACCAGGGGCUCCCUUCUCUGUAAUUGGAAACACAAUCAGCUCCCUGGCAUGGCAAGGUGGCUUCCAGGUCUGCCCCUUCUUCGUCGGCCACGGCAUCGGGUCGUACUUUCACGGGCACCCCGAGGUGUGGCACCACGCCAAUGACAGUGAUUUGUUAAUGGAAGAGGGAAUGGCGUUCACAAUAGAGCCAAUAAUAAUGGAAGGAUCCCCUGAAUUUAAGAUUCUGGAGGACAAAUGGACUGCAAUUUCUGUCGACAAUAAAAGAUCGGCACAAUUUGAGCAUACCCUGGUGAUUACCUCAGAGGGAGCAGAAAUCCUCACUAAACUGGUGGAAGAAGCCUAAAGAUGGAGCAAGGAGUGGAGAGACUUGCUGUACUUCUGGGAUUUCAAGUUUUACUCGGGACAGAGAAGAGGUUUCUAUAAUUUCUGAGGGGAAUGGCUGUUGCAUAAGUCACUCCAGGGGACAGAAAAAGCAAUUUGAGGGGUUGGCUCUGGACAUAGUUCUUUCUGUGUAUUACCUGGUGAGUAUUUAAUAAAAGUCUUUAGGUUUUUUUUGUGA